AUGACUGAUUUCAUACUCAGCCAAUUGGAUGUUAAUGUGUUUUGUGUCGACUGGUCUAAAGUGGCCGCUGAUGUGCUAUACUUCCCAGUGGUUCCCAAAACACAAGUGGUCGGACAGAUGGUCGGCUAUUUUAUUAAUCGGUUAAUCGCUGCCACCGGUGUUUCAUUGAAUGACAUCCAUCUGAUUGGCCACAGUAUGGGCGCUCAUGUGGUGGGCUUUGCGGGUCAAUCACUACUUCCCAAUAAAGUGGGACAGAUAUCAGGUCUGGACCCGGCGGGACCCGGUUAUGGCAAUGGGUCGCCACGACUCAGCAAAAACGACGCUCAACUUGUGGUCUGCACUCACACCACAUCGGGUAUUGUCUAUGAGGGAGACAUAAGUAUUACCGGAUUUCUGGGAAAUAAAGCCUCUUUAGGACACUAUGACUUCCGAGUGAACGGAGGUAAUUAUCAGCCCAAAUGCACCUUGCUCAGACAAUUAAAAGCGGACUUGAGCACUUUAAGUGACUUAGAUUUGAAAGUUAUUGUGCCUCAAAAUGACUGUCAAUUCAUAGCCUAUCGGUGCCCGAAAUUAGAACAGUACGAACGGGGAGAGUGUGCACAACUGCCACAACCCAUGCAAUUUGAUUUUGCAUAUUAUGAUAAUCCGGAUAAUAAACUAAACCAAACUUCAACACCAAAUGAGAUGUUCAUAGAAACGAGCGGUUCAUAUGAUUACUGUCAAUAUCAUUAUCAGAUUCUGGUAGAAGUGAGCCAAACACCGAUUGUAAGCGAAAUCAUUGAGAUUACACUUUAUGGCACCAAAACUGAGACCACUUUCCAGAUAAUAUUGACUUUACUGAACUCUGAGUGUACAUAUAGUCACCUGUAUGUAUCCGACCGGGCAUUGGGAUCAAUUAUUGCUGCUAAGACUCGGGCCAUCGGUUUGGGCGCCGGAAAGAUCAGUGCUCUUCGUGUUAAUUAUAUGAGCGCUUUGGACGUCAACGAUUGGGAUCUGCAGUUCAUUUUGUUUACACGUAUCAAUCGAGACAAUCCCUCACUAACUAUACUGCCAUACAAUCCAACCGAUGAUAGCAUUAAGAUCACUGCAUUUGAUCCCAAAAAGCCCACCAAAUUUUUAGUCCACGGAUGGCUUAACAGCUACAAUAAAACGGACCAAAUGGGAGUGUAUUGGAUGAAAAAUGUGACUGAUUUCAUACUCAGCCAAACGGAUGGUAACGUGUUUUGUGUUGACUGGUCUAAAGUGGCCGGUGAUGUGCUGUACUUCCCAGUGGUUCCCAAGACUCAAGUGGUCGGACAAAUGAUCGGCUAUUUUAUCAAUCGAUUAAUCGCUGCCACCGGUGUCUCAUUGAAUGACAUCCAUUUGAUUGGCCACAGUUUGGGCGCUCAUGUGGUGGGAUUUGCGGGUCAAUCAUUACUUCCCGAUAAAGUGGCGCAGAUAUCAGGUCUGGACCCGGCGGGACCCGGUUAUGGCGAUGGGUUGCCCCGACUUAGCAAAAAUGACGCCCAACUCGUGGUCUGCACUCACACCUCGUCGGGCAUUCUCUACGAAGGAGACAUAAGUAUUACCGGAUUUUUGGGAAAUAAGGCCUCUUUAGGUCACUACGACUUCCGAGUGAACGGAGGUAAUUAUCAGCCCCAUUGUAACUUGCUUAAACAAAUAAAAACAGAUACAAUGUUAUUGAGUGCGCAAACUAUCGAAAGUGAUCCUGAUCUUAUAGACGAUAUCUUGAAUCUAAUUGUGUGCUCCCAUAUAAUGGCUUACGUAUAUCCCGUUAUUGUGCCUCAAAAUGACUGUCAAUUUAUAGCCUACCGGUGCCCGACAUUACCCGAUUAUAAAAAUGGAGAGUGCGCUGAAUUGGCACAACCCAUGCAAUUUGAUUUUGCAUAUUAUGAUAAUCCGGAUAAUAAACUAAACCAAACUUCAACACCAAAUGAGAUGUUCAUAGAAACGAGCGGUUCAUAUGAUUACUGUCAAUAUCAUUAUCAGAUUCUUACAACCUUGACUUUACUCAGCUCUGAGGGUCAGUAUAGUUACCUGUAUGUGUCGGACCAGCCAUUGGGAUCAGUUACGUCGGCCAAGACUCGGGCUAUUGGUUUGGGCGCCACAAAGAUUAGUGUUAUUUACGUUAAUUAUAUGAGCGCUUUGGACGUCAACGAUUGGGAUUUGCAGUUCAUUUUGUCUACUCGUCUCAAUCACGACAAUCCCUCACUAACUAUACUGCCAUACAAUGCGACCGAUGAUAGCAUAAAUAUCACUACAUUUGAUCCCAAAAAGCCCACCAAAUUCCUGGUCCACGGCUGGACGAGUGGAUACAAUAUUUCAGAUCUUAUUGGAGAGUAUUGGAUGAAAAAUGUGACUGAUUUCAUACUCAACGAAAUGGAUGCUAAUGUGAUUAGCGUCGACUGGUCCAAAGUGGCCGCUGAUCUCGUGUACUUCCCAGUGGUUCCCAACUCUCAAGUGGUCGGACAAAUGAUCGGAUAUUUUAUCAAUCGAUUAAUCGCUGCCACCGGUGUCUCAUUGAAUGACAUCCAUCUGAUUGGCCACAGUAUGGGCGCCCAUGUGGUGGGCUUUGCGGGUCAAUCAUUACUUCCCAAUAAAGUGGCGCAGAUAUCAGGUCUGGACCCGGCGGGACCCGGUUAUGGCGAUGGGUCGCCACGACUCAGCAAAAACGACGCUCAACUUGUAGUUUGCACUCACACCUCGUCGGGCAUUGUCUACCAAGGAGACAUAAGUGUUACCGGAUUUUUGGGAAAUAAGGCCUCUUUAGGACACUAUGACUUCCGAGUAAACGGAGAUAAUGUUCAAUAUUUAAUAUUCUGUUCCCAUGAGAUGGCCUACAGAUACCCGGUUAUUGUCCCUCAAGAUAGCUGUCAAUUUAUAGCCUAUGGGUGCCCGACAUUACCCGAUUAUGAACAGGGGAAAUGUGCACAACUGCCACAACCCAUGCAAUUUGAUUUUGCAUAUUAUGAUAAUCCGGAUAAUAAACUAAACCAAACUUCAACACCAAAUGAGAUGUUCAUAGAAACGAGCGGUUCAUAUGAUUACUGUCAAUAUCAUUAUCAGAUUCUGGUGGAAGUGAGCCAAACACCACUUGUGGGUCAAAUUAUUGAAAUUACAAUUUAUGGCACCGAAACGAAUGCCACUUUCCAAAUAACUCUCACUUUAUUGAGUCCUGAGGGUAAUUAUAGUCACCUGUAUGUCUCAGACCGGCCAUUGGGAUCAGUUACGUCGGCAAAGUCUCGGACAAUCGGUUUGGGCACCGGAAAGAUCAGUACUAUUCAUGUUAAUUAUAUGAGCGCUUUGGACGUCAACAAUAAAUAUCCAACCGAUUGGGAUCUGCAGUUCAUUUUGUUUACUCGUCUCAAUCGAGACAAUCCCUCACUAACUAUAUUGCCAUACAAUCCAAGCGAUGAUAGCAUUAAGAUCACUACAUUUGAUCCUAAAAAACGGAUCAAAUUUUUAGCCCACGGCUGGACGAGUGGAUUCAAUAUAUCGGAUAUCACGGGACGACACUGGAUGAAAAACGCGACUGAUUUCAUACUCAGCCAAAUGGAUGGUAACGUGUUUUGUGUUGACUGGUCUAAAGUAGCCGCUGAUGUGCUGUACUUCCCAGUGGUUCCCAAGACACAAGUGGUCGGACAAAUGAUCGGAUAUUUUAUCAAUCGGUUAAUCGCUGCCACCGGUGUCUCAUUGAAUGACAUCCAUCUGAUUGGCCACAGUAUGGGCGCUCAUGUGAUGGGCUUUGCGGGUCAAUCAUUACUUCCCAAUAAAGUGGCGCAGAUAUCAGGUCUGGACCCGGCGGGACCCGGUUAUGGCGAUGGGUUGCCCCGACUCAGCAAAAACGACGCUCAGCUCGUUGUCUGUACUCAUACCUCGUCAGGCAUUGUCUACGAAGGAGACAUAAGUAUUACCGGAUUUCUGGGAAAUAAGGCCUCUUUAGGGCACUACGAUUUCCGAGUGAACGGAGCCUAUCGGUGCCCAACAUUACCCGCUUAUAAUCGUGGUGAGUGCGCCCAAUUGGCACAACCCAUGCAAUUUGAUUUCGCAUAUUAUGAUAAUCCGGAUAAUAAACUAAACCAAACUUCAACACCAAAUGAGAUGUUCAUAGAAACGAGCGGAUCAUAUCUAAUGACAGUUAUAGUAACUCUCAAUUUAUUGAGCUCUGAGGGUAAGUAUAGUCACCUGUAUGUGUCCGACCGGCCAUUGGGAUCAGUUACGGCGGCUAAGUCUCAGCCAAUCGGUUUGGGCACCGGAAACAUCAGUGCUAUUCAUGUUAAUUAUAUGAGCGCUUUGGACGCCAAGUAA